CAAAGGGGGUGAUAUUUGGUGGGUGGGGGCUUGGAAGAGAGAAAACGUGGAGCUCUGGAAUCGACCUUCGCCCGUCCGUGGCCACUCUGGUUAUGCCGUCAGCCACACAGAUACUUAAUGACGAGAAUCCCACAAUUUGAUAUUAAGUAAUGAAAUUUUGAGCUUAUGGUGCUUCUGGGAGCUUUCCUUUUUUGGGGUUGAAUCGGACUUUCAUUUCAAACGUUUAAUUUCCUUUAUUAAGACAUGGAGAAUGUAUACCUUUGGUCAGCUACCUACCAGUAUCGGGCUUUUUCAUUCCAAGAAGUGCUUGACUGGCGAUUUCUCACCGUUGGAGAUUUUCUUCUUGUUUCCUUUGUCAACUGCACUUAGUGGAAAGCUGCUUUUAAAUGAUCCGUGCUGGAAGCCUAAUGAACAUUUAUUUUGAUAUAGGUGCUUGGAUCUUUAUUGCACAUUUACAAGGCUGAAGUCAGCAAGGGACGAAAUUUGCUCCUGUAGUUAUAUUAGAUAAACCUGGUGCAUGCAAUAUGUGCAAAGUUGGCAGUUAUUAGCUAUAUCCUUGUCCUUUCUUCUGAUGGGUACAAGUUAAGAUUCAAAAGAUAUCAACGGAAGAUUCCACAAGAGAUUUUAUGCAUGUAUAAUUGAGGUAGCGGUUGUCAGGUUUCUUGGUAGCGUUGGGUGACUACAUACUGAGCGUAGGAUCCUAUCUGGUGGCGUAAACAAUUUUCAGUCUUGGUCAGUUCUUAAAUUGCUGUGAAGAUGUUCUGUAGUACUCGGAUUUUCUUUCUUUGCACACCUUGCUGCUUUCUUGGAACCGUUGGUCUAGUAUAUUUCAUGCGUGAGACUGUGAAGCUCGUCCAUCAGAAACAUUUUUGUUGCAUGCUCACGCAUGUUGCAACAAACAGUUAAUGCGUCACAAGCCGUUGGAAACACAAGAAAUGGAGAGGUACAAUAUAAUUAAAGAAGUUGGUGAUGGAACAUUUGGGAGUGUCUGGCGAGCUAUUAAUAAGCAGACUGGUGAAGUUGUUGCAAUUAAAAAGAUGAAGAGAAAAUAUUAUUCCUGGGAGGAAUGCAUAAAUUUGAGAGAAGUGACGUCGCUGCGGAAAAUGAACCAUCCACAUAUUGUGAAGCUGAAGGAAGUCAUUAGGGAAAAUGACAUCUUGUACUUUGUGUUUGAAAACAUGGAAUGCAAUCUAUACCAACUUAUGAAAGACAGGGAAAAGCUUUUCUCAGAAGCUGAAAUUAGAAAUUGGUGCUUCCAAGUGUUUCAAGGUCUUGCUUACAUGCAUCAGCGUGGAUAUUUUCACCGUGAUCUCAAGCCAGAGAAUUUGCUGGUUUCAAAAGACUUAAUUAAACUUGCUGAUUUUGGUCUUGCUCGUGAGAUCAAUUCUCAACCACCAUAUACAGAAUAUGUUUCAACACGCUGGUACCGGGCCCCUGAAGUUCUGCUUCAGGCACCAAAAUAUAAUUCUGCAGUUGAUAUGUGGGCAAUGGGUGCAAUUAUGGCCGAAGUGUUUACAUUGCGUCCUCUUUUCCCGGGUUCGAAUGAAGCAGAUGAGAUCUACAAAAUAUGCAGCGUUAUAGGUACCCCAACUGAGGGUAAAUGGGCUGAAGGGCUUAAACUUGCAAGUGCUAUCAACUACCGGUUUCCGCAGCUCACUGGUGCUCAUCUUUCAGUCUUGAUACCAUCUGCUAGUGCUGACGCAAUUAGCCUUAUUGCAUCUCUUUGUUUGUGGGAUCCUUGCAAGAGGCCAACAGCAUCGGAGGCUCUCCAGCACCCAUUCUUCCAGAGUUGCUUUUAUGUUCCACCAUCUCUUCGCUACAAAACUGCUAUGACCGGCUCACCUACAUCUGUUGGAACAAGGGGUGGUUUAGAGCAAAAUUCUGCUAGGAGGUAUUCUGGGACAUUAUCUACUCUGAAGCCCACAAGCAACUUCACUUCUGCCAAAUCACAUGCAUCUUUAAGUGCAGGUGUGCAACGGAAGCUGGAUAUGAAUAAUCAGGAUGCAAGCAAGAACAAUAAGACCACGAAGAGCUAUUACAACUUACCGAAAUACCAACCUCCAGCAAGGAACAGUCCAACCUCCGUUUACACUGGCAAGGCAGCACGUGAAGUUUCUGAUACAGCUGAGAAGUUGGCGAACAUGACAAUUGGAUCUGGUAGAUCGCCUGCAAGGCAGCCAUUGCCCCCACCUAUGAGAGCUGGAGGAUGGCAUGGCCAAUCUGACAUGUUUCUUGGACGACCUCAGGAGGUUCAGCCUGGACGAACCUAUAGUAGGAAAGUUUUGGGAUGAGGGCAAGCCCUGUUGAGACCUAGUAGGUGAUGGUGGUUUAAUAUUUAGUUAUACGUUCACUACAAACGCUGAAGAGUUGUGUGCCUGGCCUAGUCCAAGUUUGUCUGCUUUGCAAAAACUUAGUCAUGUUUGUGUAAUUAUUAAGAAACUCCUUUGUUAAGUUUGCCUGGUUAUCAAAAAAAUCUUUUGUUUAAUAAACUCGACUUACAUAAUUGUUUCAUCAUUUUAUGGUAAUGAAGAUCCUUUGUUUCAAAGGUA